AUUAUUAUUAUUAUAUAUACUGAGACUAAAUUGUUCGGAAGAAACGAGUUCAAGCGCGAAAACAAAAACCAUGCCCCCAUUUAAAUGAAUCCAUCAUCAUCAUCAUCAUCGACCAUUUUAAAGCUGAAGCGCUCUCUCUCGCCAAAACCCCCAUAUUUUCCUAGCCCAAUACGCCAAAUCCCUUCAGACCCUCAAACCUACACCCAUCUCCUCCUCCAACAAUGCUCCAAAACCCUGGCCCUCUCCCGCGCCCACCACGCGUUCGAUGAAAUUCCCAAAGGAAACCAUCCAUCAUCAAUCUGCAAGGUUCUCCAUGCCCGGAUCCUAAUCCUCGGUCUCAAACUCUCUGGUGGCCUCGGAAAUGCCCUCGUUGACCUCUACUCCAAAUCCGGCGAUCUGUGUUCUGCUCAAAAUGCAUUCAAUCGCCUGGAGGAAAGAACUCGGCCUUCGUGGAAUUCAAUCCUCUCCGCCCACUUGAAAGUGGGUUCUCUCGAAACUGUAUUUGAAGUAUUUGCAUCAAUGCAUAGGCAUGGAACUCUGCCCAAUGAGUUUAGUUUCUCGAUUGUUCUCUCGGCUAUUGCGAGAAUGAAUAGUUUGGAUUAUGGCAAGGUUGCACAUUGCCAAAUUGUAAAGUUCGGGCUUGAGCCUAGUCCAUUUUGCGAGGGGUCUUUGAUUAAUAUGUACACCAAGUGUGGCUGUAUUUUGGAUGCUCGGUGUGUUUUUAAUGGCACUGGGUACCCUGAUAUAAUUUCUUGGACAACGAUGAUCGAGGGUUAUGUUAGGAUUGGUAAGGCUGAAGAAGCCCUGCAACUGUUUCAUAGAAUGCAGGGUUUAGGGAUGAAGCCUGAUAAUGUUGCAUUGGCAACUGUUAUUAAUGCUUGUAUGGAUCUUGGGAGAUUGAAAAAUGCAAGGGAUUUAUUUAGGGAGAUGCCUUUGCCAAAUGUUGAGGUUUGGAAUGCUAUUAUUUCUCGUCAUGUGCAAAUUGGGCAUGAAGAUGAGGGAAUUGAACUGUUUCGAGAAAUGAGAGCACUUGAUGUGAAGCCUACUAGGUCUACAUUAGGAAGUGUUUUGAGUGCUAUUGCGAGUCUAAUGGCUAUUGAUUAUGGUCGAGCAGUCCAUUCUGAGGCGAUUAGGCUAUGUUUGGAUUCAAGUGUUUUUGUUGGGAGCUCUUUGAUCAACAUGUAUGCCAAAUGUAAUCUUAUAGAAGAUGCAAGGAGGGUCUUUGACAUGUCAAACGAAAGGAAUGUCGUUAUGUGGAAUGCGAUGAUUGGGGGAUAUUUACAUAACGAACAGCUGGUAAAUGUUUUUAGAUUGUUUUUUGAGAUGAAAGGACAUGAACUUGAGCUUGAUAAGGUCACAUUUCUUAAUGUCUUUGGAGCCUGUGCUUCAUUGGGUAAUCUAGAACUAGGUAGGCAGUUGCAUUGUGAUAUGAUAAAGAGGAAUAUGAAGGGAAAUUUGUUUUUAGUGAAUGCUGUUGUUGGUAUGUAUGCAAAGUGUGGAGAGCUAAAUGAUGCAAGGCAGCAAUUUGAGCUUAUCCCUAGUAAGGAUAACAUUUCUUGGAGUGCAAUUAUAUCCGGAUACACACAUAAUGAAGAGGAAGACGAAGCAAUUAGGUUGUUCCGGAGAAUGAGAUCAGAGGGGGCUAUGGCUGAUGAGGCUGCUUUUUCUAGUGUGAUAAAUGCAUGCUCAAACUCUCAGGCCUUUGAUGAAGGAACCCAGCUCCAUUGUUUAGCCAUAAAGUGCAAUCUUGGUUUAAGUUCUUAUGUGGGAAGUUCUCUUAUCGAUUUGUAUGCAAAGCUUGAUGAAUUGGAAGAUGCAAAUAAGAUAUUUACAGAGAUACCAGAAAGGAAUGUGGCUUCAUGGAAUGCUCUAAUCUCUGGUCACGCUCAGAACAAUAAGGAACAAGAAGCCCUGGAUUUGUUUCGUCAAAUGAAGAUAGAAGGUGUAGAGCCAUCUCAAAUCACAUUCACAGGUGUUUUAGCUUCGUGUAAUGGACCUUGGGGAUUAGACAUUGGAAAGCAAAUACAUUGUAAUCUAUUGAAGUCUGGCCUUAUAUAUGGUUUUGCCUUUUCAGAGAUACCAUUGUUAAGCAUAUACUUGAAGGCAAAGUCCCUUGAGGAUGCUAAUAAGCUCUUUUUGGAAAUGCCCAAAAGUGAAAACAAGGUCCACUGGACAGCUAUUAUUUCAAGUCAUACCCAGAAUGGUUAUAGUGAGGAGGCAUUGAUAUUAUUUUCUAAAAUGAGGGGAUUUAGUGUUCAUUCAGAUGAAGCAACUUAUUCUAGCAUUCUAAAAGCCUGUGCUGAUUUAGCCUCUCUGAGAGAUGGUAAAGAGGUUCAUGGCCUCGUCAUUCAAACAGGCUUCAGUUCCUAUAGAUACACUGUCAGCGCCCUAAUUGACAUGUACUCAAAAUGUGGAGAUGUUGAUCAUGCUUUUCAAGUAUUUAAAGAAUCAAAUAAUAAGCAAGACAUCAUCUUAUGGAACCCCAUGAUUGUUGGGUUUGCAAAGAACGGUUUUGCUGAAGAAGCACUCUUCCUCUUUCAUCGGAUGCAAGAAUCAAAGAUCAAUCCUGAUAAUGUCACAUUUCUAGGAGUCCUAACAGCUUGUAGUCAUGCAGGAUUAGUAUCUCAAGGACGUGGAUUUUUUGAACUUAUGUCUAAUAAGUAUAGAAUUGGUCCAAGAUCAUAUCAUUAUGCUUGUAUGAUCGAUCUCCUAGGUCGUGGAGGCUAUCUUAAACAGGCAGAGGAGUUUAUAGACAAGCUGCCUUUUGAACCUGAUGGUGUUAUUUGGGCCACGAUGCUUUCAGCUUGUAGAAUUUAUGGAGAUAAAACAAGGGGACAGCGAGCAGCUGAGAAGCUAAUAAGCCUGGAUCCUCAUAGUUCUUCUCCUUAUUCGCUCCUUUCGAGUAUUUAUGCUGCAUCUGGCGAUUGGGAUGAAGCAAAAAGGUUGAGACAUGCAAUGAAGGAGAGGGGAGUAAGAAAGUCUCCUGGAUGUAGUUGGAUUGAGGUAGGAAAUAAUACAAAUGUAUUUGUUGCAGAAGAUAAAUUGCAUCCGAGAGCUGUUGAUAUCUAUGAAAUGCUAAAGGAUUUGGGGAUAGAGAUGAAAGAGGAAGGUUAUGUUCCUGAACUUGAUGAGCUUAUGUUGAAUGAGGAAUGAUGUUGAAGCAUUCCCGUUGAAUUCAGAUUUCUCGCUUUGAAGAACCAGGUGAUCCACUUAUCUGGUGAGAUGAGAAGGGAACUUAUCAGACAAACAUACCAAAAUACACACAAAGAUCAAUGGUUUGCUGCCUACCGAGUUUUUCGUGCAGUAAAGUUCUUCCGAAUGACAUUGAUCUGUUGAAUCCUCGGGUGGAGCUCGAGAAGAGGAGGCACAAACUCAAGCGCCUCGUCCAAUCCCCCAAUUCCUUCUUGAUGGUAAUUUAUUUUUCUCUCAAUUGUUUCUCUUCUUGUAAUCUAGUAUGAGAUGCGAUCUUAAUUGUUUUCUGUUAUUCUUGUGGUUUUAGGAUGUCAAAUGUUAAGGGCGCUUCAACAUGUAAAUCAUUACAAUUCUCGAAAUAUUUUGUUGUGCUCUGUGGAAAUAGUGAUUUUUAGUCUGAAUUUCUGUAUGAUGUUGGGAAAUUUGACUGACUGGUUGAUACCUGAGUCAUAAUAGUUAGAUUGUUAAGCCACCCAUUGUUUUUGAAGAAGAAAGUACGCUAUGUUUUUUGAAAAUUUUAUGCUGAUUACAUAUUUUCACGGGCAUUCAGAUUAUUAUAUUUAUUAUUAUUAUUAUAUUUAGCAAAUGUGCAUUAUGAAUUCAGAUUAUUACAUUCAUUAUUAGUAUUUAUUGAUAAUUACCAACAUCCCAUUGGAUUUGGAGAUAAUGUAUGAAUGUUGUCGAUUUCUCCCCUACUUAUAGUGAGUAGCAAAAUCUAAUUUGAAUCUGAUAGUUAUCUCACAUGUUAGUUUUAAUAAAACAUUCAUCACAAUAGAAGUGAGGGCUAACCUUUAUGAUGUGUAUUUCCAAGCAUAUCUGAAUGUACUUAACAAGAUCUUUCUCACUUGAGAAUAUGACUCUAUUUUCCGAACUCUCACUGCAGGGAGCCCUCACUUUCUUAUGGUCGCAAUUUGUGUGAUAUACUGAUAUUGAACAGCCAAUGAUAAGUACAUUAUCAAUGAAUAUAUUGUUUUUAUACCGUUUUAGUAAGAGCGAUAACCAUUUUUACCUAAUAAUUGUGAUUUUGUGAUUUUGGAUGCAUAUGUUUAUAUUCCUAAUGAUCAUGAUUCAUGCAUGUUUAUGCUCACUCUGUAAAUACUUUGCCUGAGGAGGCUUUACAUGAAGCAUUAAUGAGGCAAGAGGAGCUAGUUGCAUAUAUUAACCGUCAACAAAAUGCUAAGUUCCAGGUGUUCGCUGUUGGUUACUUGGUUGCUUGUGAGCUCAUGGUUACUUGAGCUGUUGCAAAAUUCAUUUGGGGGUGUUUGUUCGAGUAUUUUUGAGCUAAUGAAUUCAUUGUUUACAGGAUAUAAGUGGGUUUUUUGAGUUUUUCGGAGUUAGCUAUGAUGAUUGGUCACAUAUUGAUAUUACCGACUACAAUGAGAUUUCAUUGUUUACAGGAGGCGUUCAUUAAUGAGAAUGCAGUCUAUUAUUCGAAUGCAAUCUGCAAUGUAAUGUCAUUAUAUAUGUGUUGAAAAUAAAAUGACCAUUUUAUGA